AUGAGUAAUCUUGAGAUACCAGCCGGUUUGAAAGAGCUGCUGCAGGGAUACACCGUGGAGGUGCUUCGUCGCAAGCCUCCCAACCUGGCUCAAUUUGCAGUGGAACAUUUUACAUGUGUUCUGGAGAACCAGAGGAAAGAGCAGCGAGGCGAGAAACCCAGCACCAGUCCUGAUCAGAAAGGAGUCACUUUUGAAAGUAUUUCAAAUAAACCCAACAAAGAUGACGAAGAGGAGGAAGAGAAGGACUCUAUUAAGCCUGUCCCUAGUAGAUACAGUCGCAGAGUUGCAGUUUGUGCAGAGGCCUACAACCCUGAUGAUGACAAGGAUGACGUGGAGCCUCAGGUCGUGCAUCCCAAAACAGAAGAGCAGCGUCAGCGACUUCAGGAUGCAUGCAAAGAUAUUUUAUUGUUUAAAACUCUAGAGAAGGAGCAGUUCUCUGAGAUUCUGGAUGCCAUGUUUGAGGUGUUUGUGAAACCUCAGGAGCACAUCAUAGAUCAAGGAGACGAUGGGGAUAAUUUCUAUGUCAUAGAGAAGGGUAUGUAUGAUAUUUUUGUGCAGAAGGAUGGAGUGAGUAUGUGUGUUGGAAGGUAUAACAACAAGGGGAGUUUUGGAGAGCUGGCUCUCAUGUACAACACACCGCGAGCUGCAACGAUCAUUGCAACACAGGAGGGUGCCCUGUGGGGCCUGGAUCGAGCUACAUUUCACCGGCUGAUUGUGAAAAACAAUGCAAAGAAGAGGCGGAUGUAUGAGACCUUCAUAGAGUGUGUUCCUCUUCUAAAGUCUCUUGAGCUCACUGAGAGGAUGAAGAUUGUUGACGUUUUGGGUGUACGAGUGUUCAAAGAUGGGGAGCGCAUAAUAACACAGGGUGAGAGGGCUGAUUGUUUCUACAUUGUUGAAUCAGGAGAGGUAAAGAUUAUGAUCAAAACUAAGACGAAGACGGGUCAGCAGAAUAACACAGAAGUUGAGGUGGCUCGCUGCUCAAGAAGCCAGUACUUUGGGGAGUUGGCGCUGGUGACCAACAAACCUCGUGCAGCAUCGGUCUACGCUGUGGGAGAGACUAAAUGUUUAGUAAUGGACAUUCAGGCUUUUGAGCGCUUGCUGGGACCCUGCAUGGACAUCAUGAAGAGGAACAUCUCCCAGUAUGAGGACCAGCUGGUGGCGCUGUUUGGCUCCAGUGAUGACCUGAAACACUAGUCUACUAUGUAAUAAAUUUGAAUUUUAUAUUCACUAUUGUAGCAGUGCAUGUACCUUGAGGUAAAUGUAAGAUAUGACUGUUCUAUGUAAACUCUUUCCUGAAAAACUGCAGCAAGAUAAAUGGAUCCAAGUUUUAUGUUGUGUGACAUCCCAAACGUUUCCCCAGGACUGAAGCCAAAAGAGACAGCUGUGCUGAAAGAAAGAAAAUUCACCAGUAAAAAAAGCUUAAGUUAACCAACAAUCCAUUGUAAUACCAGUACAUGAGAGUGAUUAGCUGCAUGUACUGCU